CCCAAGGGUUCGAGGGGCGCUCCCUCUCCGGGCGCGGGGCGGCGCCAGCGCCCUCACCCCCUGGGGCCUCGGGCGCCGCCAGCCGCCGGCCCUUCCCGCAGGCGCCAUGGACGCGAUGCCGAUGCCCGGGGGGCCGCCCUUGGUGGGUGGGCCGCCCAUGAUGGGCGGGCCGCCCAUGAUGGGCGGGAUGCCCAUGGAAGGCGGGGACUUGGGCGACGGCGCCUACGGGCGGCGGAACGUGAGGCUCCCGCCAGAGGUCAACCGCAUUCUCUAUGUGCGGAACCUGCCGUACAAGAUCAGCGCGGACGAGCUCUACGACAUCUUCGGGAAGUACGGAUCCAUCCGUCAGAUCCGGCGCGGCAAUGGCCCUGAGACGAGGGGUACUUCGUUCGUCGUAUACGACGACAUCUACGACGCCAAGAACGCCAUGGACCACCUGAGCGGGUUCAACGUGGCUGGCAGGUACCUGGUGCUCCUCUACUACAACCCCGCCAAGCUCCAGUCCAAGAUCGACGCGAAGUCGAAGCGCGCGGACAUCGACAAGCUCAAGAAGAAGUACGGGGUCGAGUGAUUUGGGCCCGGGGCGCGCGCGGGGACGGCGAUGUCCCUGCGGCCGCCGCCGCGGUGUGCCCGGGAGGGCCGCCCGUACUGUGUGGGCAGGCCGCGGCGUGGGAGGAGGGCGACUGUGAGGAAGGCGCGGGCGGGAGCCAGGGGCCGUCGGUAGGCCUGCCGGCGCUGUCGCUUGCCCGUGCCCCGGCUCGCGCGGCCUGCCGGCGGGCCACAUGCCUUCGCGUCGGCGGCACCGUGUCCAGGACAAAGCGCGCAGAGCCAGGCCGCGGGAUGCAGUUUUUGUUUGGUUGUUGUGGAUACUCCUGGAAUGUAUCCUGAGCCAGAUGCCAUUCUCGUCCUAGACGCCGCGGCUGGAGAGACGGCUUCAGGGCAAAGCCGUGGAUGUCACAGGCCCGCCGCCGUCCUGCUGGGUGCCGCGUUGUCGAUGCCCCGCCGCAGCAGGCACGAGCCCGAG